ACAUACACUAGAGCACCAGACUACUUCACUGUAUAUCCAGUCCCAUCACUGAGACACAGACUGGGUGAGAAUUCAAGAGAUUACCAGAACAGGAUCAACCAUGGGGAAUCGGAACACUCUCUCGAGACUUGAUCAUUGUAAAGGGACCGGCCAUGACCUACACCUCCAAACACCCUCCUCCCACGCGUGCCACAGUCAGUGCCUGGGACCCCUGAGCUUCCACCCACAAACCCACGGCUCCCAGAUCACAAUGCACCCGGGCCUCCACCGGGUGGAGCGGAGAGACACCUUCAGAGACGGCCUCGUGUUCACCAGCCGGCCGGUGGCGCUGAUGGAGCACGUGAUCCUGCGAGUGGAGGAGAGCGAGGGGCACUGGCAAGGAGCUCUGCGGCUGGGCUUCACCACUCACUGCCCCUCCUGCAUGAACCCCGACUCUCUGCCCCCCUUCGCCUGCCCUAAUCUGAAGGGCCGGCCUGGGUUCUGGGUGGGGGCGAUCCCAGAGGAGUGCGCCCGGCAGGGGGACAGGAUCGCGUAUUGGGUGAACAAGAAAGGGGAGUUGCUGUACAGAGUGAACAGUGGAGAGACGUACCUGCUGCUCAGAGGGGUCAAUGUGAACAGUACACUGUGGGGGCUGAUGGAUGUGUACGGACAGACACGCGCGCUGCAGAUACUAGGCUCGACGAAGAGGAGUGCGUUCGGCACCCAAACCUCCUGCCCUCGAAACACGCCCUUCGACCGGCGAGACACCCCAGUGAACCCCGAACCCCGAACAGGGGGCGCUGAAGACUGCGUGGUUUGCCUCUCCAGUCCCGUGAGCACCGUUCUCGCUUGUGGUCACGCCUGCAUGUGUGUCCCGUGUGCGGAAAACGUGUGGGACCGGAUCGGAACAUGUCCUUUGUGUCGGAAACUAAUCGCUGAGAUCACGAUAACCGGCUCCAAAUCUGAGAGAUCGCAACUGGAACUGGAAGUGAGUGAGAAACAAGCAUUAAGAAGCACUGAGAACUUGGACAGGCUCCUAGAACAAACAAGAGAUGAACAGGAGACGACCCGGUAGUAGUCAUUCACAUCGGUACAAACAAUAUUGGAAAGAUCCCUGAAAAACAAAUUCAGAGAGCUAGGAAGGAAAUUAAAAGACAAGACCAAAACUGUGGUAUUUUCUGGGAUACUGCCGGCACCUUGCAAAGGAAAUACAAAAUCAAAAUGCAUGGCUGAAAUUGUGGUGCACACAGGAAGGCUUCACCUUUCUUGAACAUUGGAAACAUUGAAAGAGUGCAAAGAAGAGCAACCAAGAUUAUCCCAGGUUUAAAAGGCAUGUCGUAUGCAGACAGGCUAAAAGAAUUGAAUCUAUUCAGUCUUGAACAAAGAAGACUAGGGGUGAUCUGAUUCAAGCAUUCAAAAUCCUAAAAGGUAUUGACAAUGUCGACCCAGGGGACUUUUUUGACCUGAAAAAAGAAACAAGGACCAGGGGUCACAAAUGGAGAUUAGAUAAAGGGGUAUUCAGAACAGAAAAUAGGAGGCACUUUUUUACACAGAGAAUUGUGAGGGUCUGGAACCAACUCCCCAGUAAUGUUGUUGAAACUGACACCCUGGGAUCCUUUAAGAAGCUGCUUGAUGAGAUUCUGGGAUCAAUAAGCUACUAACAACCAAACGAGCAAGAUGGGCUGAAUGGCCUCCUCUCGUUUGUAAACUUUCUUAUGUUCUUAUGUUCAUACUGGAUAAACUGCUGCUAUAUCCCUAAUCCAUCAUUUGAAUGGCAAUGCAGGCAGGCAGAGAGACCGGCUCACAGACGGUGGUUCUGUACUGUCUAAGGUACAAUGGUAGCACAAAGGCAUCUACAAUGGUACCAGAAGCCCAUUCUUCCACAUUCUGUCCAGGACAUUUGAAUUUGAAGAUAUUACUAAAAAAAUGAAGGACAUUCUAAGAAGUUAUUUCAAAGCUGUGUCCCACAAUCGUGAACUCAAACAUGAUUCCUCUGGGAUUCAUGCUCAUCCAACCCUUACCACGCACUGCACUUGAAACAUGUUGACUCUCCAGUUUGUUUACAUCUACCUCUGGCAGGUCCUGCGACUGGUAAGAUGGGACAAGCCGUGAGUCUAUACACGCUGACACUCAUGAGCCAUGAUGUGAUUAAUGCAAGAGAACUGAAUACCUGUAACCAAAGUGAAUGCAUUGAUAUGCACCGUGCACGACUCCUGCAGUGAAUUUCCACUGUUAUUGCACAAAUACUCUGAACUGUGUAAAUAUUGUACGUGCAAUUAGUAUUGUAUUGUGUUGCGCAAGUAUGUAUUUUUAUAAUGUAUAACAUAAUAGCAGACUCUGAUAGUGAAGUGACUCAGAUACCUGUACACUGUUGUAAUGAGAUAAUGCCACUUUAAGAGCAGGAGACAUAUUUUCAAAGCGUUUCCUCAGUUUUUUAAUGAAGUCCUGUGUUUUUUUUUUAAAGAGGUGUAACGCCUGGUUAUUUAACAAAAACAGAACCAAGUCAAAUAACCCAAGUUCUCUUCGGUAUUCAAAAGGUUUCUCAUUUUGAAACAUUUGAUUUUUUUUUCUCUUUUCAUAAAGUUAAUUAAAGACUGGAGUGUAAGUGCUUUUUAAAAUGCGUCCCGUAGUAUUUAGUUAUUAUCAUUAUUGAACUAUAUAGAGUAUAAAGCAUAGAGUGCUUUGAGAUACACACUGAUUCGCACCCCAUUGAACGUCACAGUGACCAGAUAUCAGCUUGUAUGAAAUUCUAGAUACCACCAGCUUAUUGAGACUUUACUGUACUCCACUGAGUCAUGUCUGACUCUAAAAAAUGACAUUGUAAAUUAUGAAUAUUUUGUUACUUGUUAUCAUGUAUUGUAUAAGGUUGUGUGAAGGACAAUUACAUUGUGAAUAAACACUGUUCAUUUUUCUAAAAACA